CAAAAACAAGACCCCCGGCGGCAACUUUGCCAAGCACACAACGCCAAAACGAAUCGAGUGCAUUAAAAAACACUCGCAAUGGUGCGCAAGAGCUGUCAUCUCGUCCUCCUUGCAACGGCGUUGCAAGCGGCGGCGAUUAGCAGCCGUGGGAGGCCUGCAACCGCGCCCAACUUUUAUCCAGCAAAAAUCUCGCGGUCGGAGCUGCAUCAAAACUCCAACCGCGCGGUGGUGCGCGACGUCGGGCAAGCGCUGAAAGAGGACGGAAUCAUCGCCGUUGAAGUGCCGGGCUUCGACGAACUCAACCGCGCGGUGCUUCGAGCGGCGCACGAGUGCAUCGAUUCCACCAGUACACCGCAAGCCACCCUCGUGGACGGCACCGUGCGCCGAUCGCUGGCCGCGAGCCGCUCCGACAGCGAAGCCGCCCCGCUCGACGUCCCGGAGACGUGCGCGCCGCUCGCGGCGGCCGAGGCCGAGUUCCGCGCGGCCGUCUGGUCGGUGGCCGAGGCGGUCGCGGCGUGGCUCGGCGCGAUCGACGAGGUCGAGGCGGCGGCGCCGCUGUUAAGAACGCGCGACGGCGCGCCCUACGCGACGGUGUCCGAUAUAGUUCGCGCGGGCGACCACCUCGAGCACUUCCACUCGUGCCGCGCAGUGCACUAUUAAAUCCACGCCUUCGGCGCGACGUCUACUACACAGGUACCGCAAGGAAAGCGCGUCCCCGGAAGCCACGAUAGACCUGCACACGGACCAGGGACUCUUCAUCGCCUUCACGCCGGCGCUCACGGUCGGCGCCGAGGACGUCUCGGCGGCGACGUUCACGCUCGAGCGCCGCGACGGGAGCCGCGCGGAGGUGGCCCUCGACGCGCCCCGCUACGCGUCGUGCGUCUUCGUGAUGUUAGGGGAUGGCGUCGCGCAGUACGCCGCCGGUCGCGAGGCCGGCCUCCGGGCGGCGCCGCAUGCCCUGGAGAUGCACUCGAACGUCGACCGCGCCUGGUACGGGCUCAUGGUGCUCCCGCCCGACGCCGCCGUGUCGCCGCUCCACGGCGACAAGACCUUCGGCGAGCUCAAGAAAUUAACGCGCGCGGGCGACGCCGACGCGGCCCACGUCGGCUGCUCGCGGAACCUCGCGGCGCGGGAGCUGGCCGAGGAGGCCUGCGCCGCGGACCAACUGUACUGCUGGUACCGCUGCAUGGACCUUGUGAACCACGACGGCGACGCCGUGUCCGAGGAGAUCUGCGCGGACCAGGGCUACGCGCACCUGAACUGCACGGACGUCUUCCGCCAGCCGAGCGACGGCUUCAGCCACGGCGACUACUACCCCCAGUGCACGAACUACGUCCACGACGCGACGCCGUUCCCGUCGAUCGCGCCGGCCGACGAGGAGCUCUGCGGCGACGCCUACGAGGCCGAGGCCGCGGCCGACGCGGCGGCGCACGCGGGGUCCGUCGACCUCAUUUACGAGGGCCGGUCCUGGCAGGCGGCCUACUUCGUGCCCUACACAGUGGGUCAGCUCGCUUGGUCUGUGUCUUCCGAUAGCAAGCGCGUGACGAUCUCGCACCUGACGUCCGGGCGUGUCGGAUGGAUGGCCAUUGGUUUACGUCAUCCCGAUGGCAAGAAGAACGGCAUGAACGGCGCUCCUGUGAUCAUGGCGAUUCCCGGGGGAGGCGCAGUCGAUGGCUUCGCGGACGUCGACCAGUACCGCAUCGACGACGAGCAGUCGUCCUUCCGGCACUGGUACGCCACGGACCCCGGCGCGGACCUGACGGACGCGUCGCUGGAGGUGGGCGAGGGCAACUGCUUCGCGCGGGCCACGUACACGCUCGGCUCGUUCAGUAGCGAGGACCCCUUCGACGCCUCGACGUGCACGGACCUCAUCUGGGCGGUGUCCACGGACUCGGACUUAGCCUCGGACCCGCUCUUUCUCGCGCGCGGCAUGCACGAGACUAGAGGGCACCUACGCGUCAACUUUCUCGCGGCCGACGGCGUCUGCGCCGAGGAAGACGACGGUGCCACUGACGACGCUGGCGCGACCGACGACGCUCCGGCCCCGACCGACGACGGCGCACUCGAACCGCAGAGCAAGAAGAAGAGCUCGAGCUCGUCGGGCCCCGACACCGCACUAGUCGCGGGCGUCGUCGUCGCGGCCUCUGUGGCACUCAUCGCGCUUGGCGUGGCCGGCGCGUACCUCUUCCGCCGCCGUGGCGCGGCGGGGCCCGACGAUCUGGCCGUCAAGGGCGAGUCCAUCGAGACCGAGGAGGAGUCGAAGGAGCAGCCCGCGACGGACUGA